GUGUAAUAUUCAGGACAUGGCUUCUGGGAAGUAACUGAAUCCAGUUACCUUCAUCUUGUACACUUGAUAAACACAGAACUGAGACACAGGGUUCAGUAGUAUGACCAGCUACAGCAUGGCAGUAAAUAGGAAUCACUCACAGAAUGGUGAAAUUAUUGUAAAUGGCAAUAAGAGUAUUAUCAGUGACUGUAAAGAUGUGUAGCUUACUUUCAGUGACAUGGCACACAAAACAGAAGCCUUCAAAGGCACCAAACAACUGUAUCUCACUGCCUACAGGAUGAUCUUUGUGAUCAAGGGAAAAGAUCCCAUGAUGGCAUUUAUGAUGCCAUUCUACCUUGUGAAGGGAUGCUCUAUAGAACAGACUAUGUUUUCUGCAAAUUACAUCAAAGGAAACACCAAUGCAGAGCCCAGUGGAGGUUGGGAAGGGUUAAUUCAAACUUACAUUUAAUAGUGGAGGGGCCAUUGAAUCUGGACAGCUCAUGUUUAAAAUGCCAAUGAACACAUCCAGGGCGCCACAUAAUCAUAACCCAGGAAAUGAAUACACGCCGGAACCUGUCCCUACUGCUCAUGGGCCUGUACUAUACCGUUCUGCUCCUGGAGGAUAUGCUCCAGCCCCUCCAGCUGGUCCAUGUCAAUAUGUCCCUCCAGGAUUGAAUGGAUAUGGUCCAGCCCCUCAACCUAUGGGCCAACCUUAUGCUCCACUUCCUGGACCCGGAAUAGAACGGUAUCCACCACCAGAAAUGAACCCUAUGUACAUGGCACCUUAUGCCCCCUUACCCUGGGCAAACCAUACAAUGGAGCUCUGGCACUAA